GUCAGCGCGAAACUGGGGCCGCCGGAGCCGAACAGGGAACGGCGUUUGCCGGGGCCGAGGCGGAAGCCGGAGCCUUUGGCGGACCGGACCGCGGGAACCCGGAAACGCCUGGGCCGCACUGAGGCGGUCCGGGCGACCGAGGCGGCGGGAGCCGGCGGCGCUGCGGGUCAGCGGGCGCGGCGGAGCCGGCGGGCUCGGCAGCCUGGGGCGCCGGCCGUCGCAGAGCCUGGGGCUUCGGUGCUGGCAGCUGGUCGAGCCUCACGGCGGACAAAUGAAGAGAAAACAAUGUCUGCCAACCUAAAAUAUCUUUCUUUGGGAAUUUUGGUGUUUCAGACUACCAGUUUGGUUCUAACGAUGCGUUAUUCUAGGACUUUAAAAGAAGAGGGUCCUCGUUAUUUAUCUUCUACAGCAGUAGUUGUGGCUGAAAUUUUGAAAAUAAUGGCCUGCAUCUUUUUAGUCUAUAAAGACAGUAAGUGCAGUGUGAGAACACUGAAUCGAGUCCUGCAUGAUGAAAUUCUCAAUAAACCCAUGGAAACACUCAAGCUCGCUAUUCCAUCAGGGAUAUACACUCUUCAGAACAACUUACUCUAUGUGGCACUGUCAAACCUAGAUGCAGCCACGUACCAGGUUACAUAUCAGUUGAAAAUACUUACAACAGCAUUAUUUUCUGUGUCUAUGCUUGGUAAAAAAUUAGGUGUGUACCAGUGGCUCUCCCUAGUAAUUCUGAUGGCAGGAGUUGCUUUUGUACAGUGGCCUUCAGAUUCUCAAGAGCUGAAUUCUAAGGAACUUUCAACUGGCUCACAGUUUGUAGGACUCAUGGCAGUUCUCACAGCGUGUUUUUCAAGUGGCUUUGCUGGAGUUUAUUUUGAGAAAAUACUAAAAGAGACAAAACAAUCAGUUUGGAUAAGAAACAUUCAGCUCGGUUUCUUUGGGAGUAUGUUUGGAUUAAUGGGUGUAUACGUUUAUGAUGGAGAAUUGGUCUCAAAGAAUGGAUUUUUUCAGGGAUAUAAUCAACUGACCUGGAUAGUUGUUGUUCUGCAGGCACUUGGAGGCCUUGUAAUAGCUGCUGUCAUUAAGUAUGCAGAUAAUAUUUUAAAAGGAUUUGCGACCUCUUUAUCCAUUAUAUUGUCAACAAUCAUAUCUUAUUUUUGGUUGCAAGAUUUUGUGCCAACCAGUGUUUUUUUCCUUGGAGCCAUCCUGGUCAUAGCAGCUACUUUCUUGUACGGUUAUGAUCCCAAACCUGCAGGGAACCCCACUAAAGCCUAGUCAUGUACUAUGGUUAACUGCUUUUUUACGACGGUGCCCUAGGACCUCAACAUUGAUCCUACACAGAGGACUUCUGCAGAGUCUGUGAAGAAAUCAUCGUGCUGAAUCUGAUCAUACUGUUCAAAGGGUUUGAAAAUGCAUAGGCUUCAGGAUGAAAUGUGUAUAUCAUCUGGAACCCAAGCUUGGAAGUGUGUCCAGGGAGUAGGCUUAGAGGGGUACUGGGAGGAGCCUGAGGGCUGCGCUCACAGUGACUUCAGCCUUUUGGUUGCUGCAGAACUGUCCGGUACAGCCUUUGUAAGAGCACACAAAUGCAAAUGGCAGCCAGUGUUGGCACGGGAGAUCUCCAUACUCUCCCACAUGCUCUUAAUUUCAUCCUUUCUGUACAGACACAUCAAAUUACAUGAGCUAAUCAAAGCUGAAAAAUUAUAAUUGCCUAUAAAGAACAAAAAAAAUAUAUAAUUUAAAACCAUUUUCAUGUAUCUGGGAUUUUUAUAUUCAUAUAAAAGAUUACUAAGCAAAGGAUUGCUAAAUGUUAUUUGUUUAAUUACAUAAAACUUGAUGAAGUAGUAGUCUGGGUUUGAAUCAUGUUUAAAUCUAGUAUAGAAAGAAUCUAUUUCUCUGUGUAUGUCUUUUGACCAUUUACUGCUUUCACAUAGCUGAAUGGAUUUGGUUCUUCAUAUGCUAGAGUAGCCAGUGAUGUUGACACUAAUGAAGUUUUAUCCAUCAUUUUCCAGUUGUAUUUCUUUUCCAUAUAUAAGAGAAGUUCUCAUUAUUACCUUAAGUUGACUUUGUGUGUUUUGCCAUUAAAACUCAUAAAUGAAUUUAAAGGAAUUAAGUACUCAUUUAAUAAUUGAAAAUAAAAUACUAAUUACCGUCCAGUCUCCAUGUGGAGAAAUCUGAAUUAUGAAGCAUAUACUAUAUACAAUUUUGAAAUAGAGUUUUCUUGUUAAUUUGCAGUAGGAAUUUCUUUUAAUCUACAACUGUUGGCAGAAGCAACAAUCAAAAAAUAGCAUUAAUCAUUUCAAUGGACCACAGACAAGCUGAUUUUCUUGUAGAUAGUCCCACUGUCAUUGGUUUUUUGGUGGUAGUGGCUUUUGUUUUUGUUUUCUUUCUUUCUUUCUUUCUUUUUUCCCCCUGAGACAAGUUUUUCUGUGUAGUGUUGGCUGUCCUGGACUCACUUUGUAGACCAGGCUGAUCUCAGAGUCACAGAGAAACUACCAGCCCCGUCGUCUGCAGUGCUGGGAUUAAGGAUGUGGGACACCCUGCCCAACAUUUUUUAUUUUAAUACAUACAUUAUCGUUUUUAAAAGUACAUGUAUUUUUAAAUAUAAAAAUAAUGUAUUUUAAAAAUAACACAUUGUUUUAAGGGGCGCUAUAAUUUAAUUUCCAAGGCUCUGUAGAAGUUUUUAAGUCUUAAAAGCUCACAAUCCCCAGAAACACUCUGAUCAUGUGUUUGGAAGAGGUGACUGCGUUAGGGCUUUCCUUUCUGUGUCCCCAUGAGUCCUGCUGAGAAGGAGCAACUAUUUUGCUUUAAACUAGAUUGUUUUUUCUUUUUAAACACUGGAGUUGAUACAAAUUAUGUAUUAUUUAAUAACCUGAUUCAAAGAGAGAAAAUAUAUUAAAUAUAGUAAAAUGAACUGGGAGGCAAAAAUGAAUUCUAUAUUUGGAAUAUGUUAUUUAUUGACUUUAUGCAGAAUUACCUAUUAAAUAUGAGAUGUAUUUACUUUAUUUUUUCAUUUAUAUUGUAUAUAUCUUUGUUGUAAUAGAUACAAACCUAUAAAGAAGGUAACUAUUUUUUAAUGUAGUUCUAAUAGGUUUUGUUAAAUGGAGUUUGUCUCAAAGGCAGUAUUGUUAAGAACUGUAAAGUCUCCUUGGCUAACUUGAACUGGCUUUUUGAUCUUGCUAGUGUGGACGUACUCUCAACAGUGAACAUGCCUAACUAAUUCCAUUCAGAGUUUCAAAGUACUUAAAGUUACAGAAUGUUCAAAUUCAUUGCCCCAGCGAUGAUAAAGUGACACCAGGCUUACGGUUUUCAGUGACCACCUUUUAGCAAUUAAAUAGCUCCAUUUUGAGCAUGGUGUAAGGCCACCACAGGAUUCAAGCUUAUGUCCAAGGUCCUGUGACUAAGUGUAACCUAGAACUUGCAAAUAUACAAAAUUCAUGGGGACAUAUUCGUGUUCUGCUCACAUUAAAGCAUUGUGUGCUCAAAUGUGUUAAUAUAGUGUGGAUUCACAAUUAAUGGUUACUUAGAUCUAGUAUACCCGUUUUAACCCUACAUAAAUAAUAUAAAUAAGUAAUUGGACAUUAAUGUUGUUAGAGUAAUAACACAUUUAUAUAUUUCUUUCUU